AUGUCAGGAGCGUCGGGACGGGGUGGGUUCCGGGAGUACGACUCGCCUGGUUCUCGGAAAUUUGACGACGGAGUAGAGCACCGUCAGCGAGCAGAAAAGGCGCUGAAAACCUCUGUCUUUCUGCUCAAAUUCUCUCCAGACUACGAUAUCGCAGCACUCGAGUACAAGGCUGCUGCCGAAUGUUUCCAAGAAGAUCGUAGCGAACAGGCUCUUGCCCAGGCACUGCACUGCUGGCAAAAGGUCGUAGAAAUUCGCGAUAAGCAACAAGAUGCCUUUGGCACGGCGCGGGCUCUCGAGCAGAUGGCUGUUCUGCUGUCCACGAGCCAGCCGGGGCAACUGAAAGUGGAUUUCUCGGAAGUGAUUCGCCUGCAAAGGGAAGCGGCGCAUCGGUAUCGACUCGGAGGCAAAGGCGACGCGGCGGUGCGCGUCCUGCAGAAGGCUGCCAAGUUCAAAGAGGAAAACGAGAACGACGGCCGUGGCGCUGCGGAGAUCCUCAGCGAGUGUGUGUCCAUACACGAGGAAGACGAGAAGUGGCAUUACGCUUCAGAGGUUUACCGGGACCUCAUUAGCCUCCUUGCGCGAGAACGCAUGCACGCAGAGCUUCUUCAGGCACUGGAUAGGCACGUAAAAGUGCUCCACAGGCUGGGCCAGCAAAACGGCAUCUACAAGGCCGCCAUGAGCAAAGUGAUCGUCUGCCUGACCAUGGAUGAUCCCGUGAGAGCAGAUAACGCCCUCUCUGACGAAGUGGCAUUUGCAAGCAACUUUUUGGGCAGUCGAGAAUUCCAUCUGGCUGCCGAGACAGUGGACGCUUACAAGGCGGGUGAUUCCCAAGCCCUGGCGGCUGCGCUCCAAAACCAGAUGUGGAGUUUCCUUCCGACUGAAAUUGUUAACAUGGUGCGAGAUCUGAACGCGGCCUGCCGUGGAGCGAACUCUCAAGGCAGACUCUCGAGUUGCGGAACGCUCGCUGGUCCACCUUCCCUGGUGCCCGCAACCGCCAGUGCCAUCCCUAACUCACCUUCUGGAUUGGAAUUGACUCACGGCCCAUGUCCCUUCUCAAGAGGAUUCUCUUCGUCGAGGGUGAAGGACCAAGACUGUCCUGUCGUCGAGGGGGGGAACCCGAGCAUAUUGGAACCUGCGCAUGCAACCCCUCAAAGUACGCCUCAGGUGCCGGCGGAUGCGGAUGCCACAGCUGUGUCCAUAGAGGAGCUUCUUUGCUGA